AUGGAUAUGCAAGGAGAUUCAAAACUGUAUUUAGCCGAUUCGAGCACUUCAUACUUGCCAGUGAAAACGAGAUCUCAGUUUAUAAAUAUUCACAGCUCUUCUAAACUAACCAAUCCAAAUAAAGAGCACCCUCUCAGAAAUCAGCCUAUUAAAAUAGUGAAGAAACCGCAAAACUUGGAUUCGCAUCCUCGGUAUCACGAGCGAGGCCAACAAAAUUUCAAAAUCCAAGACAUUUAUGAAGAUUCAGAACGCAAGAGGCCUCGCAGACCUUUUAAGGUACUUGAUUAUAAUCCACAUGAGUCAUUUCACUCGAGAAGUCCGACAACAAUUAUAAAGGAAGUUGACCAGAGCUAUCAAUUUGUGUCAGCUUUAAGCAGUGUUCCAGAUUCUGAUCAAUCACGCUCAAUAAUUUCAAUUGAUUUUUCAGAUUGCCGAAAAGGAAGCUUUAAUUUAGAAUACCUAGAUAAUUCUGAUGAAUCGCUAACUCACUCUCAAUGAGCGAAAAAACAUUAAAAAAUCCUAAUUUUUGGGUAAUCAGUCUUCCAGUGAGCAAAGAAAAAAUAUUUUGAUAUAUAAAAAUUUAUUAUUAUAACGAAGUCUAUAGCUAAUUCUAUUAAAUUAUAUACAGUUUGCAUUCUAAAACAACUUACCAAAUCUAAUACUUAAUUAAAAUUCUAAAUUAGGAUUUUAUUUAAAUUUGGAAAAAUUACUCGCAAAAAGAAAAAUCAUUUUUUAUCCGCUUACAAGGGGAAGUAAGCAAUUUUUCUUUUACUGAAGAAGGUGAGGAGCCUAAAGAGAAAAGUAAUAUUAAGACUUCAUUUAACUCGAACCAAGAAAGCACAAAGUUUUCGAUAUUAUCAUCAAUGGUAGAUCCAAAAAGCCAAUAUUCUCCAGAUGCAAGGAAAACUCCGACCAAAAAGCCUAUUGAAGAGCGAUAUUCACCAAUAUAUAGUGCAGGCGUAGACACCUCGUCAAAAAAGGCUUAUCAAAUAAAGCCAGAAAAAAAAUCUCCGCACUCAGAAAGGAAUAAUUUGACAACAAGAGUUACUGCAAAUACAGUCCGAGCACUCUUUUGGCUUGGACUCCUUAUCCUUUCUAUAGGAAAAAGGAAAGUGAUUGAACUAAAUUAUAAUAGUGAAGCCAAUAGCUAAAUUGCUAAAGCAGAAUCUAGGGUCUCUGCUAUUUGCAGUUAGUAUGAUCAACAUAAGCUGGCUCUACUAACUCCUUUUUUCAUAGAAAAGAUAGGGAAGCCUGAGCCAAAAAGAUGUUCAGGCUAUACUUUAGAAAACGAAACAGAAUUGAAUACAGAAGCUAAUGAAUUUCACUAUGAAAAGAAAAAUUUCUGUAACUUCGAAUUUAAUAGUGAUGGGCCAAAUAUUCUUCCGACGAAAGCAUAUUGCAACAGCUGCAGGAAAAUGGUUAUGACAGCUGUAAAAAUAGAGAUGGCUGAGGUUCCACUGUAAUUUUUAUUCAGAUGAAAACGAAUUUGCUGCUCUAAUUGCUAUGAGGGUAAUUCACUUAAUAAUUUGCAGGCGAUCGUGCAUUACUGUAAAAAAUGCAAAACUUUAAUUAGAAAAAUUCAACCGGGAAAGCUAUAA